GACCACCUCGAGAUGGACGGCUACCGCCCCGACGGCGGCGAGACCGAGUACAAGGGCGCCGCAGGCUUGGGGGCUGGCUUGGCCGCCGCGGGCCUGGGAGCCAGCACGUACGCCGCCGUGAACCACUCGGACCCCGACGAGAAGUCUGCGGCAUGGGGUGGUCCUGAGGGUGGUGCGGGCGCGACGAUGACGCGCUCGGGAGGGUACGCGGCCGUCGAGAAUCCCUUCCUCGACACCCGGAGCAUGGAUGCCAGGAGCAUCGACGCGAGGAGCAUCGAUACCCGGAGCGUCGCCAACAGCGGCUUCUCCACGCCCCCUCCCCCGAUGGACAUGACCGAGGUGGAAAUCCCACGAUCGCAUAGCCCGGUCGGCGCGUCUGAAAUGUCGCGGAUGGCGUCGCCGGGGCCUGAGCAGGCGUACGGCGCGCACCGGAUGCAAAGCUACCGGGAUUGA